UAUUCAAGUCAAAUAUAAAAGUGUACCCCACUUUCAGUCAAAUGCAAAACCAACCUAAAGGGGUAGUGAAAGUACUAUUUAACCCUUAUGACCAAACAAAAAACAUAAAUGUAUUUUACGUUUUUAUCCUUUGGAAGUCUACACGUAAAAAACGAAGUCUACAAAUGUUUAGACUUUCUUAGAAGUCUACCUUAUAGACUUAGUUUGUAGUCUAUACUCUAAUUUGAUCUAAAAUUUUAAUUUUGAAAAUGUAUAAAAAUAAUUAUAGUGAUAUUUUUAACUAAUCAUCAAUAUAAUGGAUAAUAUGAACUAAAUAAAUUAAAAUUUCAUAUAAUUGAACAAUUUUCAAGAAUAUAUACUAAUUUGGUUAUCAUGUGUUGGACAAUGUUUAUAGUUUACAAACAAAAGGUUAUAACAUGUUAUGUCUUUUAGUGGUUGAUUUCAUAGGGUUAGAUUUUAGAUUUUGUUUUUUUUUGUUUUAUUAACUUAAAUCUGCAUAUUAAUGUUUAGUAGUUUAUAUUUUGUAUAAUUGGGACUUUUUGAUUAUCAAGCAAAACAUUUAGGGUUUGAUAUUUGGGGUUUAGGGUUUCGUAGACCUACAGAAAAGUCUAUUUAGCUGGAGACGUCCUUUUCAGUCUAUUUUAUUGGUGUUCACAUAAAAUCUUUUUAUUUUAAAUUAAAUUUCCAUAUUUAUGAAUAAGAAUGUUAAAUCAUAUAUUAAUAAAUAUAAAAAAUAAAUAAAAAAUUUAGUAAGUUAUCUUUUUAAUUUUCGCAAAUAAUAAAGGGAAAGAAAAAAAUCGUUGUAGACUGACAAAGAAGUCCACAUAUCAAAUUUAACCUAACCGGAUUUAACCAAUAUAAUAUUAACCAAAUCGAAUUUAAACCAAACCUCUUUUAACCUAACCAGAAAAGUUACCCAGAAUAUAAAUACGAUUUGUUAAGCUUUUUGGGGUAAAAAAAACCCUAAUCCCCGCCGUUCUCUCUCUCAUGCGAUUUUCGGGGAGAUUUCCGGCGAACUCUAGCCACACCGUUUCCGCCGCUUAAACUAGUCGUUGUCCACUCCGUCGCUCUGGUAAGUUAAAUGUCUUCGGCUUGUCUUCGGCUUCGUCCGCUCCGUUGCUAAAAGUAACCACCUUUACCUUUUUCUUUUUCAGAUCUGAGCCGGCGACUUCCAAAUCUCUGCUUCCUGUCAGUCUCACGGCUUCUACUCUAGCGAGCUAACAAACUGUGUUUCAUCUUUUCAGGGAACGAACGGUACGUCAUCUCUCUAUGUCUUCUCUCGUUUAACUAAUAACCUAACUAGUUGACUUAUAUUCCUGUAACCUCUCUCUUAGUUUGUUAACUAACCUAUUAGUUUCUUCUCUAAUCCAUUUUCUGCUUCCGGUCAGUCUACUUUAAGGUACACAUCAUUGUUGAUAUGUAGACAUAUUUUUUGAAUUGUUGUAUACUGUUUUUGGCUUCCGUCGAAGGAUGACAAAUUUAGUUUGGUUAGAUGGUUUCGUAUUCUCGAUUUAUGAUAGAGUUUGGGUUAUUAAUUUAGUUUGAAUGGUUAAUUCUCGUGUAGACUUCAUUUUGAUUUGUAGACUUCUCGGAUAGACUUCAUCUUGCAUUGUAGACUUCUCGGGUAAACUUCAUCUUGCAUUGUAGACUUCUCGUGUAGUCUUCACUCUGCAUUGUAGACUUCUCGUGUAGACUUCACUCUGCAUUGUAGACUUCUCGUGUAGACUUCAUUCUGAAUUGUAGACUUCUCGCAUAGAAUUAAUUUUGAAUUGUAGACUUCUUUUAUUCUUUUGUAAACUUCUCUUGUGUAAUUUUUUGUUUGUGCUUUUUUGCUGCAGGUUUCAAAAUGGAUAAACUUGAUUUCCCACAAAGGCUGUAUAGUGUAGGCCAGGAACCUUUUCCGAAUAAAAGCAUUGCCUACUACAGCAAUGACAGCAAGCUCUUCCCUGCUCUUAAAGAAGCACUCGAGGCAGAUGAAUGGGAGGAGCUCAAGAACUCGAGAGUAGGAGUGUUCUUAAAGUUCCACGAAAUGAAGUUUGGAUGGGCUUCAAGGCUGGUGCACUAUAUACUGUGUUUUCAGCUUGACUGCAAGAAGAAGUUUGAGUUGUGGAGUCUCGUAGGUGUUGAACCAUUGAGGUUUUCUCUGCAUGAAUUUGAAGAGAUAACUGGCCUGAACUGCGAGUAUGUGAAGAAUCUCGAGAAUCCGUUGGUUGAGGUAACGGCUGACAUGAAAGCAUUUUGGGCGCAGAUGGGAGUGAAUUUCGACCGGGGGCCAAGUAUUGAUGAAUUAACUGCAGCGUGUCAGAUGUGCAGAACAUGGUCUCGAGAUGAUCGGCUGCGUUUAGGGUAUCUAGCCAUCUACGCUGGCUUCAUCGAAGCAAGAAGAACCUCGUCACCCACACGGGCUAGCCUGGCUAGGUUAGUGAUGGAUCUAGAUGCUUUUGAAGAUUAUCCGUGGGGAAGAGUAGCCUUUAAAUUCUUGAUGGAGUCGGUGAAGGGUGUAGACUUGACAAAGACGUAUGCUAUUGAAGGCUUUGUUCAGGUUCUUCAAGUCUGGGUCUACUGCUGUCUCCCUGAAUUCGGAGCUGGGUAUGGUCUCCCUAUAGAAGGUUCUCCGACCCCACCUCUACUUGCCUUCUUAGGUGCCAAAGGCCAGAGAAGACUCCAGGAGAAUAUCUUGAAACAGACUAGGACUAAGAACUUUGCUAUGAAGGAUUACUCUGAAAUGUUCCCUCGCUGGGAUGGUGAGCUGGAAGAUGAGAAGGCUGAUAACAUAGUGAAGGCAAUGUUUUCUUCAGGCUGGGCGUGGGAACAAAGUCACUGGCCUCUUGUCGGAACAAAACUGUGGACAAAUGUGAAGGUGGAGAUCCAUCCGAUGAAGACAGAAGCUGGUCAGAUGAUGCGAAGCUUGAAGACAGUGUCCCCUUCUCGCACAGAGUCUGAUGCAGAAUCACGCAAAAAGGCUCGUGAGUCCCCUGGCCUGGAUGUGGAGACCAUGAAAGGAGAAAUAGUUCGUUGGCUAACUGGCCUGACUUCUAAUAUGGUUGAGGGGCUGAGCAGAUGCGAGAACACUCUGAAGACACAAUCCCACAUGAUUGAGGGCCUUACAACUCAAGUGGGAGCUGUUGAGAAGAUGGUGCGUGAAGGUUGGAAAGAAGACCACACCAAAGCUGGUUCAUCUACUGAUGUACCUGAGGCAAACAAAUCUGAUGGAGACAAAGCUAAGAAGGACAGCGCUGAAGGAAGCAAAGGUGAUGAAAGCAAAGGUGAUGAAAGCAAAGGUGAUGAAAGCAAAGGUGAGGAAAGCAGAGCCGAGGAAAGCAGAGCCGAGGAAAGCAAAGCUGCGGAAACAGCUCCCAAAGGAAUGACAACAAGAGCCAAAGCUAGAGACACCCAAGCCACUGUGGUUAGUACCAAAACAUCUCCCAAACCACUUGAUCCGAAAAGAGGAAAAAAAUCAGUGAAAAAGAAGUAA